AUGGUUAUAUUCCCCGUCAAAACCUCGAGCCAAAAGGCAGUGCUGGGCGUAGCUUUUAGCGUCUCAGUUCUCGCUGUCAUCGCAGUUAGUUUACGAUUGAUCGCCCAUGCGAUCGCUCACAAGAGAUGGACACCCAGCGACUAUUUCAUCAUCGCCGCUUGCAUAUUCGCCGUCGGCCUGCAAUCAGUGAGCAUUACAGGUGUCUUCCAAGCUGGCAUUGGGUACGGUCACGUCACAGAAAUUGCACUCGAAUACGGCCUUGAACCCAUCACCAAGCUAUCGCAGCUCAUUAUACCCUUGCAGUUUCUCUGGGUGUUGAGCCUCAGCUGCACCAAGAUAUCGAUUCUGUACUUAUACCUUAAACUCUUCCCAAUUCGAUGGGUUGUGUGGAGCUCCUAUGCGACCAUAUUCAUCAUUAUUGCUUGGACAAUUGCGACUAUCCUCGCUGGCUGUUUCAUCUGCCGUCCUUUCGCGUUCAAUUGGGACAAAGCGAUACCUGGUGGAAGCUGCGGCGACCAGGUUACCUCGUUUACAGUCACUGGGAUCAUCAACCUCAUUACCGAUGUCAUAGUGCUUCUCCUGCCCAUGCGCCCGCUGUAUCAACUGCAGAUGGCGACGUACAAAAAAGUGACCCUCAUUACCGUUUUUGGCUUGGGUACUUUAACCUGCGUCAUCAGCGCCCUCCGCAUCUCCAUCCUGUCCACCAUGGAUUUCACGGACAUUACUUUCACCAUCCCCAAAGCCAACAUUUUCAGUGGCCUUGAGCCCUGCCUUGCCGUUGUCCUCGCCUCUGUCCCUAUGAUGCGUCCACUUCUCGGCCAGUCCGCAGCAACCCCGUACGGAUCGGGCAAGAAGCCUGUAAAUACUGGGGCCAAGUCCACUGGUCCGAAGGAGGUGGGUGAUGAUGGGUUUGAGCGGCUAGACGACGAUACCAGCGACCUGUGGCUUAGACCGAUUGGACUACAGCAUCGUGCUGAUGCUUCGGCUUUGCGGGACACUAUGCCUGGAGAUGCAAGCGAGGAAGAUCAGGAUUCGCUUAAUUGGCACGAGAGGAGCGGUCACAUCAAGGGUCACGGUAUUACAGUAAAGCAGUCCUUUAACGUUUCAGAGAGGGGUUGA